UUUGAUUGGUGACGACGAAAACAGCUUAUUAAAAUAACUUUGUGUACUGUUAUGAAUAAUAUCGUAAUGUAACAUUUCCAAUACAUAAAAUCACGUUUGCAUCGCCCAAAGCCGUUAUUAAUGGCCGAGGUGGUUCUACACGGGAGAACCGAGAAGUGGUUUUCUUAGAACGAUGGUGAAUACAUAACGUCAGUUUUUUUGUCGUGUUUGUACCUUCUUCGUUCUUAAUUUCACUCGCAAUUGAAAGGUACACAAACGCACGUACAACAUGAACAUAGGACUUGUGGCCGUUAUUCUGUAUAACAUUGCCUUGUUAAACGCACAAUCUACCAGAAAACGACCGACUGACAGUGGUCGAGAGACUUUUACGGAUAGGAUAAGAACUACUCUAGCAGUCUCUGAAGCUGAAGAUGAACAGCUAGAAAAUGAAUGUCCUCAACCAGAUGGAUUUUUCGCAGAUGCUACUCAAUGCGACAAGUAUUACGAGUGUUCUAACGGAAAGAUAACAGAGAAACUUUGUCCAGAUGGCAUGGUUUUUAACGAUUUCAGUAUAGCACACGAAAAGUGCGACUUACCUUUGAACAUUGACUGUUCACAAAGACCCGCCCUUCAAGAACCGAAACCUGCCGAACACUGUCGCAGACAAAACGGAUAUUUUGCUCACGAAGACGAAGGCGUUUGCGAUAAAUUUUAUUUCUGUGUCGAUGGAAAAUUUAAUGCAAUCACAUGCCCUGCUGGAUUGGUGUACAACGAAAAAACAGGAAUAUGCACGUGGCCCGAUGAAGCCAAGAAAAAUGGAUGUACUUCACAAGAUGUAUUUAAAUUUCGUUGUCCAAAAGUCACUACAGAGAUAGCCCAACAGCAUCCUAGGUACGCUGACUCAGAAGACUGUCAGUUUUUCUACGUCUGUGUUAACGGCGAAACGCCAAGAAGAAACGGAUGCAAAAUGGGACAGGUGUUCAAUGAGGCAUCCGGCAAAUGUGAUUGGCCAAGAAAUGUCCCUGAGUGUGUUGAAUGGUACAAAGGAAUAUUAACUGAUGAGCAACUGGAAGAUCUUGAAAAUCCAAAACCAAAACAACCAUCAACCAAAAAGAAAUCUAAUAGACCCACCACGACAAGAAGAACAUUUAUACCAGAAGAAGAGUAGUAGUAUCAGUCCAAAUAACUAUUACCCAAAACUUAUUUGUAACACAUUUGAUAAAUGACUAUAAAUUACAAAUAAAAUUGUUGAUUGUAUCAGGAAAGCUGAUCUCAUUUCUCAUUAGAAAGACCAAUUUUAUAUAUUAUAAACUAUAUUAUAAUAAUCUUAAAUUAAAUAUGUUGUAAUUUAUAAAUCACAAUACUGUUUUUUACCGAAUUAAAAAAAAAGUGAAUACAUCUACUAUUAUAAAUAUAA